AUGUCCGACUCCCCCCAAUCCAAUUCAAAGGACGUUGAACAUGGUGCACCGUCACCCGAGGACGAAGCACAAAUGAACGACCCUCAGGACCCACUCUCGAGCGGCCACGCCUAUGAGUUUGAUGUUAAAGAGCAAGACAGAUGGUUACCCAUAGCCAAUGUCGCCCGCAUCAUGAAGAAUGCGCUCCCCGAGAAUGCCAAAAUAGCCAAGGAGGCGAAGGAGUGCAUGCAAGAGUGCGUUAGCGAGUUCAUCUCGUUCAUUACAAGCGAGGCUUCGGAAAAAUGCCACCAAGAGAAAAGGAAGACGGUGAACGGCGAGGAUAUUCUGUUUGCCAUGACGUCUCUUGGGUUUGAGAACUACGCCGAAGCACUCAAGAUUUACUUGUCCAAGUACAGAGAGCAGCAGUCGACAUCAAACCGCGACGGCCAACAAAACAGACCAAACAGCCAGGGUUACGGUGCGCCAGGCCAGUCGAAUCCUGGCGGCGGCUUCGCCGGUGGUGAUCUCGGAGGCCAGCCAGAGGGCGCUGAUGCUCAAGGCUACAACAUCUACGGAGCUCAGCCAGGUCACAACGGUGCACCUGGGGAGUAUUAA